GCAUUUUCCUAGUGGGCAGUCGGCGAACGCCAUUUUGACAGUUUUGUUAAAAAUAUCCCAAAGUUAUCGAAAUAAUUUAAAAAUCCGCGUACAUCCGUCCCGUUUGAAGAGCGAACGUGAAUUUUUCUUGUGGUUUAUUGUUAACCCAUUUGGACGGACCAAGAAAAAGGGUUCGUUCUUGGGUUUUGGCUAAUCUAAAUGGUUGUGUGCAGACAGCAUGUCUACAUUGUCAGGGAAUGUCUCCAAAGGGGAGAAGACCAAGCCAAAAUUUCAAUCUUUGGACAUAAAUAAUUUGUAUAAGAUUAGCAGGGGCGAAAAUACUGAAAAACCGGCACAGAAAAGUUCAUCAAAUUACAUUAAACAUGGCAUGCAAAGUUUGGGAAAGGUACCUAACGCUCGCAGAGCACCGGCCAAUCUACCCUCUCUAAAAUCGGAACACAUUGAUUCGGGCGCAGCUGUCCCCUUAGUACCACCAGGAUCUACAGGAUGGGGCAAACAACAAGAACAAGGAGGUACACCAGCUCCAGUUGCACAGCAGAAUGGGACAUCUCCAUCGCCACAAGGUGUUCAGCAGCAAACUGUUCAAAGUCCACCCCAAUUGACAUCCCAUCAACAGGCAAUAGCUAUACCUUCGACCAAUGUCAUUCCACCACACAACAAACAGACACCACAUCCUGCUCCAGCUGCAAGUACAUCAGGCGGCGACAAAUUGUGGAGCGCGGUGAUGGCGGGCGGUCAGCCGGACAAUGGCCACCCACCAGUUUACCAGAGUCCCCAGUUUCAACACGAGUUUCCCAGCCUGUCCGCUGGCGAUGGCGCUGGUGGUGCCACAGGGAACCGCCAGUCCGGGGAAUACGCAGGCUCAGGUGGCGCAAAUCAAUCAGGCUUAAGCCUCCGCCCACAAACAGAAGGUUCAUGGACACAAGGUGGUCAAAGGCCCGCCCAAGACGGUUCGGUGAGAAGUGGCUCGGUACCCCAGGGUGCGCCACCGCAGCUUCCGGGCCAGGCCGGCCGUCAACCAGAAAUAAUGCCACCACAAAUGCGCGGGGUAUUGCCGCCCUUUAUGUACAAAGGUAGCUUUCCCCAGAACGGACCCCAGACAGGGCAGGUUAAUCAUCCUCAUUCUACACCCUAUAACGGACGUAGCAGGGCUGUGGACAAUAGGCCGCCGCGUCUCCAGGAUCGCGAUGUUCCUACUUCUGAUGAACUCGCUCCCAGGCCGAUUAUUAAAGAAGAAGAAUUAAGUAAACUUGACGAAAUUGGACACGACAUGGGUUGGGCAGGGUCAGAUGAUGUUGAUUAUAAUCAGAAAUUGGCCUUUAGUGACGACGAGGAUCGUCCAUCGGGCAGAAAAGAUUAUAAUAGGCAACCCUCCCAACACAAGCAACAAGCUCCCCAAUCACAAGCACAACAACAACCUAAAUCUCAAGAUGUUCGAUCUGAGAGACAAACUCCGCCUAAACAUUGGAAUAGUGGUCGUUCAGAAAAUUACAGAGGCCGUCAAUCCGAGGAGGAUGAGGCUAUGAGUCAGAAACACAGGCAGCAUCAAAAAGAAGUGGAUUUGGCGAUACAACGUGCAAAGCAGCGCAAGGAAGAAGAAGAGAAACGUUUCAGUGAAGAAAGUAGGCAAAGAGCUCAGAAGAAACUGCAGGAAUUGAACGAAAAAGUACGUGAAAAGCGCGAUCGUGACCGAGAGACUGAAAUCGGUACUAUUAGUCCUUCGGCAGUACCUCCAAAACCUAUAAAUCACGUUGAAAUUCCUUUGCCUGAAUUCCAAAAGGACAAGGAAAAGGAACAGAGACCCCGUGGAUCACAACACGAAGUUACUCCCCCUAAAGAAGAUAAUAAUACUUCAGGAUUCAGACAAAUGACACAAAUUGAAGGAAAAAGCUUUUCUAGGAAACCCCAACAGAAAUUUGAAAGGGACCAUCGUGAACAGAAUGGUCCCAAUUUCUCCAAACAUUUCCAAAAUGAUUUGCCUCCUAGGUUCUUGAAAAAUCAACAAAGGAACACUGGAAGCACUCAAAAUCCUUCCCAAUCUAACUAUUCCCAUUAUGAACCCAAUAAUAGAUGGUCCUCCAACGCACAACGUGCUCCCAGUCGAGGUGCUAGACCAGAUAGUCCUGAAAGACACAAUGAAGAUCAUAGAGAAUAUAGGAGGCAAAGUUCAGAUGAUAGUUAUCGCAGCUCCCAUCAUUCUCAGUCAGAAAGCACCCAAAAACCAUCUGAUAAUCGUUACAGUGAAGAAUCAUAUUCUUCCAAUAAAAGAGAUGAAGAUAAAUGGCAAAAAGAACCACGGUAUAAUAAACCAGAAGUCCACGACAGACAUUAUGAGGAUAGAAGAUCGCAGGAAAAAAGUUUUGAAAGGCCUCAACGUCCAGAUAGUCGUGAUUCCCACACUUCUCAUACCUCGCACACAUCGCAUGGGUCUCAAAGUAGCAUUUCAAACAGACGUUCUAGAGAUAUUGACCUCAAAGAAUCUAUGGGCUCAUGGAACGAAGAUGUAGAAGCUGCAUACGAGGAGAAAAAGGAAAAAGAAAGAUUGAAAGAUGAAAAGAGAACUGCACCAGCAUUAUUAGUACCUGGACCAAUUACCAGGGACCGAAUUGAAGCUGAUGAUUUUAAUGAAAAAAGAAAUUUGACUCAAUUGAAGAAAGGUGAAAUGCCACCGCCGAAAAAAGUUGAAGUGCCUAAGAAAGACGAUAAAGCACGUUCUAAUGAAAAACUUGCUUGGGCCGAAAGUGUGACUCCAGCUGAAGAAGUUGAACAUAAGAAAGAACCAGAAGCCAAACCAGUCGAAUCCAAAAAACCCCAGCAGCAACAUGAUGACUACAAAGAUAGACAAAACAGGACCAAUAGGAGCUACUCGCAAAGUAAAAGCUGGGGAAGCAGUGGUUCUUCAUCAGAUUUUCAUUCAAGAGGUCCCUCUUGGGGUAACAAGCAACGUCCCCCAUCUAGAGGCCACAAACUUGGAGGUAGAGACUUUUAUAGUCAUGGAACUGAUAGUGAUGGUUCGACAGAUACUUAUCCUGUUGAUUCUAAAGACUCCAAAAUUAUCCCGAAAAAACCAUUUGAUAAAGAGGAAAAGAAUCGAGACAAUAGACAAGAGAAAACUGCUGAGCAAAAGAAGCCUCACCCACAAAGUCAACAAGCUGAAAAAGUUGACAAAAAAGAUGGCAGCGGCUAUGUGCCUAGAGGAGAACCAUCAAGACAUGGUCGUGGUGGCGCAAACAAUUUCAGAGGAAGUAGAAUGGGUGGUAUGGGUAAAAGAAUUGAUGGAUAUGGCCCACCACCUUCCAAGAGUCCAUUUGGACAUCACGAAGACAAGAAAACCACUACAGAAGAAACUUCCGUGGAAACUUCAAAAUCUUCUUUUGCAGCUACUGACAAAAUAAAACAAAACCAAGAAGCUCUCUCAGCUGGAAUUAUAGGUAGAUCCAGACAAGAAUCUUCAGAAGAUAAAAAUAAAGCUAAAUUGAAGCCUGAUAAUAGGAGAAACAAAAAAGACGAAGAAAAGGAUAAUACUUCAGACCUGUCAGAUAGCAGCAAAAGACAGCCUAUCAGCAGGUCAUCUUCACAAAGAGGUAUUCCAAAUAAUGAACGCAGAGUGGGAAAUGAUAGAAGAAAUAAUCCUCCACCCCCAAGAACAGGAGGAGAAAAAAGAGGUUUUGAGGCUAAGAAAGCUGAUAUGAAACCUGAUCCCCAAAAUCUUCUGGCAAGUGCCAUUGCAGAUAUAACCUUGAAAAAUCGUGAUGAUGAAGUAAAAGAACAAAAAGGAAGCAGUAGUGAUUUAAAUGGUGAUUCGGAAGGUUUUCAAGAAGUAAAGAGCAAGAAAACUACAAAAGAGCGACCCAAGGAAGAGAAAAAGGGACCUCCACUAGCAAGGAAUGACACCAUUAAGGAUGCAAAAUUAGAGAAAAAGCCUCUAGGAAAACCUAGUAGCACUCAAAUGACACAGCAACAAAUUCAAAACAUUCCCCCGUUGAUGUCGACCCCUGUAAAUCCACCCCAAAUGUUGCCCAACAAAAAUCAAUACGACUCUAGGGAUCAGAGAUCUAACAAUAGACAACACAAAUUACCUCCACGAUUUGCUAAGCAAAAAAUGCAAAAGCAAAUGCAACAACAAAUGAUGAACGAUAUUUCUGGAGAUCUAAAUAAGGUGCAACCACAAGGACAUGCUUAUGGAAUGAGGGAUAAUGUACAAACUGUUCUGCCUGCUGCAGGUUCAGCAUGGGACAAGCCUUUAGGGCCUCAAUUACGUCCCUCUGAACACGACGCCAGCGUAAUGUUGGGAGUUUCUUUGGACGGAGUCAAUUUGGACCCUGCCACACCCACUUCUGGACAUGGGGCUAGCCCUGGUGGUGACAAGGCGUUAGGAAUACCAUCCCAGAUUCCUGAUAAGAAUCUUCUUGAUGGCACUACUCCACCAGUGAAUACAAUUAUCUUUGAAAAUACCAACUUUAAGUCUGCACCAGGAGUUCGGACUGCGUCAAGGAAUUCGAUUCCUGGAGGUCCAACUGACAAACCUCGUUCCAAAUUGGAUGAGAAUUUGGACAAUAGCAUGUUCACGAAACCUAUUAAUGAUUUGCUACAGAAGUGUGAUGGCAAGGAUAAUCCUAUACAGAUGGUGUUCAAGGAGGAAAGCGACAUUAAAUUAGACUUUUUCGGUGCUGACUUAACGCAUCUAACUGAGGACAAAUCAUCUCAGAAUUUGUGUAUGUCAAAAAGUAUCACGUCGGUUAACAGUACAAUCUGUAACGCUGAUUCGCUUAACAUGAAAAUUGCUUCUGUGAAGAAAGUUUGGGAAACGUCAGAGCAAGAAAACGAAGAUACAAGCGGCCUUAGUUUCGGUGCACCGUUGGACACGGCUUUUAAAGGUAGCGACCCUCAAGAUGAGGCCCACCACGAAGGUUUCAGUCCUGGCAGCAAUCAGGCCGCUUCUAGUACAAAUGUAUGCAAGGUCAAACCUACUCAGCAAGUAUCGAGCGCUGCUGGUCAAACAGUAUCCUCUACAUCUCAACAGCCUCAUUCAGCGAUUGUGGGUCACCCCAUGUUGCUGGGCACACAACUGUCGCCACCGCCGAUGGCAGCGACAGCUGUAGGCGUUUCUUUAGGACCGCAAGCAUUCGCUACGAAUCAGCAUCUGACGGGUUUCCCAUCAGCGGCAUCUGCACAGGGGGUUGCAGCUGCUGGUUCAGCUCAGUAUGGUAUUUCGGCCAUUCCCUCGCCUCCCACUGUUUUGUAUAAUUCUACCCAACAGUUGCAGUCAGGGCUAUAUGGUGCCUUUUUACCUACUGCUGAUCAAGGUGUGUUGGGAGGACAAGGACACGCCCGAGCUGGCGGAUUUGGACAGUACCCUGCUGCAGGAGCUUAUCAUAGUUUGGGACAACCAACUAAUUCACCUUAUAAUACUCAAUCGGUUUAUUUGCCAACACCUCCUCAUCCGCCACCCACAGCCCAAGCACCACCAGAAUUGUAUCCCUCAAUGAAUAGUUUUAGACUGUCCGCGGCCAAUCCUUUUGGCCAGAAUCAACCAUUAAACAACCCUACAACAAUGCUCAUUAGUUCCACCAGCAACAGUCUGAUGUCGGCUAGUGUUAAACCUAGCAGCCAGCCUAUCAGUGCUAUUGGGACCAAAGCUGGUGGUGUAGGUCAAGCCUAUCAACAGCAAUCCCAACAAGGCCAACAGGUCUACAUGACUUACGAGCCGGCUCUGCAAGCUGCAAACUAUUUACCUGGCGCAGGUGUAAUGCAAAGAGGUCCAGGCGGGCCUCCAGUGCAAAAUAGCGUGGUUCCAGGCCUGCAGCCAUCGUCUUCGUACUAUUCUGGCUCUACAGGCGGUCAAACUGGUUACUACCAACAAGGAAAUUCUAGUUUACCUUCUGCGCCCCAGAUGCCCCAGCACCAAGCCGGAUAUGGGCUGCAGGGAAAUGUUUUUGGAACGCACAGUCAGUCGCAUACAAAUACUGGUUUGCAGGGAUCGUAUCCUUUCCUGUCGACUUCUAUGCAGAUGGCCGCUGCUCUUAAUGCACAGCAGCAAUUCAGGUCGGCAGCUGCCAGCCUACAGAAUCCCUACAUGAAGAAUGUUGGUGGAGGGGGAACAAUUUCAGGGGAUCAACAGUCCCAACAAACGUCUGGGGGUCAAAGGCCUCAACAGCUGAAGAGCCCCAGUAGCCAGGAAGUGUUGUCCUCGGUGUUCAACUCUGGUCUGUUUAUUACAGCUCCACAAAUUCCCUCGCCCAAGUCGAGGCAAAACAGCAAACACACGCCACAACAGUCCAGCCCUACUACUCAAAGGAAGUAUUUCUAUCAAAAUGUUGGGAGCCAACAAAAUAAUGUGUAUUUCCAGGUCCAGCAACGGUACCCGCCCCCAAUUCAAAGGCCCGUAAAUUUCCAGCAGCAAAAUUUGAUGCAAAAUAACAGUUCCGGCAAUCCGAAGCACAAUAACAGAAACAAUUCGAAUAAGGCUCCCAACAGACAAUAUUAUGGCGGACAGAGUAGUUCAUUGCCUACCAAUCAUAAUGAUAAAUCCGAGGACUCCAAAACUCCUGACCCGACAUCCCAGAAAUCUGUAAACGCUGAUUUAGCCAAGGAUAAUCUAAAAGAUGACAGCACGGUUCUAAAGGAAUAGGAACUUUUAAAACUUAUUUUAAGCACCAAAACGGUUUUUUGUUUGAUGUAAAAAAAGUCAAAAGCACGCAAUUUUAGAAGAAAAAAAAAAUAAAUUAAAAGCGUUCGCGCAGAAAAAAAAUUGUGUUAAACUAUACAGCAAGUGUAAGUAAUAUAAAAGUAAUUUAUUAUUAUUGUGUAUAGAGAACUUCGUUUUGUCGAGAGGCAAAACAUAAACUUUACUAACUCAGCUUCGUGUAUGUGAAUAACGUUGUAUAUUCGAUUUAAAGUAUAAUUCAAAAAUUACGCAGGUCUCGUAAAACGGGCCACAAGAAAAAAAAUAUAUAUAAUUGUGAAAUAAAACCUCCCAUAUAAAGUGACAUUUUAAAAAAGGCUCCAAUUAUUUGUAGCUUUUUGCCUACCUAAUUUUUUCCAUCCUCACGUUUCUCUUAGUAGGUAACUUCCUAGAAAUUAAUUUUUUAAAUAAGUGAAUCGAAAUGACGAGGAUUUAUUGUUAGUGUAAUGGUGUUGGUUUGCAGGUUAAAAGCAGACUAACUUUUGGCCUGUGAACUAAAAUUAUUUAAAAAAAAAAAUGGUGUUCUGAGCCACCAAAUGGCGAUAUUUAAACAAAAUGGUCUCGGAGGGAUGCAAUAUGUUAAGUAAAAAAAAGGAGACGAAAAUAUGUUUUGUUAUAGGCUUAAAUAUUAUGAAUAGAUGUGUAAUGUCAAGAGCAAUUUUUAAUAUCUGACAGACAAUAAUAUUGUUUUUUUUUUAAAUUUACACUCUUUGUUUCUGUUUAUUCUCAUUGAUUCUAUUGUUCUAAAACUCUAUGUUGUAAGCAACAGAAAUAAAAAAAUCUAAAGCAAUAUUGUUGUCUGUGGGUGUAUAUAGGUCCCUAAGAUUAUUAAUAUUAAGUGCUUUUACGACACAAAUUUAGAAGCUCGCUGUUUGUAGUAUUCAAGUCUAUGAUUUUGUGUAGGUUUUAAAGAAAAUUGUAAUAUUUUCCCCGUAAAAGUUGUUAUUCUGUUUGACACUUUAUUAUUUGUUUUAAAAAAAAUUUCAGUAUUAUUAAGAAUAAGUGCUGAAUUUACUUGCAUGCAACUUUAUACUUGAACUAAUUACAUGUAUAGCAUCACAUUGUUGGUGAUAGUUCAAAAGGAUUAUCAGCUUUUAGUGUUGGAAGAUAAAAGGAAACUGAUGGAUGUGUGCAAACUUUCCAAUGAUUGGCAAGAUGGUGCUGGAAAACUGUUGAAACACUUGCUUGAAGGAUUGUGCUGUUUUCAUGUGUGCAUCAGUUUUCAUUCGUAAUUGUUUUUUAAGGAGAUGUGAAAAAUAAACUGGGGGCGAAAAAGAAUAGACUGUUUUUUUUUUUGUGACAGUAUCAAAUUUACUCGUAAUAAAUUAUUUGAUAAGAUAUUAUUUAAACAUUCUAGUAAAAUAAAUGGUUUAAAUACGA